AUGUCUUAUAAUAAUUCUGUGUUGAUAGGAAAUUGGAGCGAGGAAAGGCUGAAAAAUGAGUACGAGUUCAAAUUAUUUUUGCGGAAGCGCGAGAGACGGGAGCUGUUACUUCAAAGAUCACGGACGCUUUUCAGCAAUUUGUUAAAAGAGAGGCCUCUUGCAAUAAGUGGCACCUUUGUAUUAUAUGGCUUCAACGUCCAAUUAGUUGCUUCUGACAUGCCAGUGAAGACCCUUGCUGGUGGGAAACCUCAGUACGGGCUAGCAUUAUCCAAUCUUGUGACUGACCGUCAAGUUGAUUAUAUGCAAAACAUCAACGAUGGAUGUCUUAUGACACUUUCGCCUAUUACCACGCCUUGCUGUAGAAAUACCUUCGUCAUACAAAGCACUGUGGAUCCAAGUAUACAGGGACAGAAAAUGAAUUAUGGCGAUGAGUUUCUAUUAAAGGCUGAAAAUUACGGCGAACCAGAUGCGCCUCCGUUGUACGUUCGCUACACACCCGAAGCUGUGCCUGGACCUGCUGAUCGUUUACCUAUUCGCUUGAGCGCUAAUCUGGAUAGCAAUUGUCGCUGGACGACUACGCCAUUACUACCCGGUGAUCGGCUAGAGGGCCUCGGCAAUCCUGUGAAGACUGGGGCCAAAUUGAUAGUGAAAAAUUGUGUAGCAGAUAAAAGCUUGUGCGUUAUGAACCAAAAUUGGAUGCAAACUUUCUUUGGGCCUGAAUGCGGUGUGACUUGCCGUAACUAUAUAGACAUUCACAAGAGGCACACGGCGGAGAACAUCUUCACUCUAGUGAGUGAUAUAGAAACUAAAUCCAAGGACUAA